AUGCUUCGCUUGCUUCAACGUCGACUCACCCACUCAAUGUCUAUCGAAACUGCUAAAAAAUUGGCGGCAUAUAAAGCUGUUGAUGAAAACUUACCACCAAAUGCCAAGGUAAUUGGUAUCGGAUCUGGAUCUACUGUUGUUUACGUUGCUGAACGUAUAGGACAAUUACCCAACAAGGACGACUUUGUAUGCGUAUCAACCGGGUUCCAAUCAAAGGCACUUAUUAUCGACAAUGGUUUACAUUUGGGACAGAUUGAACAAUACCCAUCACUUGAUAUUGCCUUUGAUGGUGCUGACGAAGUUGAUGCACAAUUGAACUUAAUCAAAGGUGGUGGUGCUUGCUUGUUUCAAGAAAAGUUGGUUGCCUCCGCCGCAAAGAAGUUGAUUAUUGUUGCUGAUUAUAGAAAGCAGUCAAAGAAGUUGGGUGAGCACUGGCAUCAAGGUGUACCCAUUGAGGUUGUACCUAUUGCUUUUACCAAAUUGAUUGGUGACAUCACUAGGUUGGGCGCUAAAUCAGUGAACUUGAGACAGGGAGGUAAAGCCAAGGCUGGGCCUGUAAUUACCGACAACAACAACUUUAUCUUGGACGCUGAUUUCGGUGAAAUUGAUGACCCAAUCAAGUUGCACAAAGAGUUGAAGCAAUUGGUUGGUGUUGUUGAAACUGGGAUCUUCUCGGCCAUUGCUGAGAAGGCAUAUUUUGGUGAAGAGUCGGGUGAUGUAACUACAUGGGGAGAAACAGUUAUAGAGGAAAGUAAGUAG